GAGAAUCAUGAAGGGGAGGGUUUUUGCCGACUCCUUAAACCUAGAAAUAACAAUGAUUUCUACUUGACAAUUUCGUGUUGGAGAAAUGAAAACGAAGGUUUUUGCCGACUCUUUGAUCUUAGAAAUAGAUGAGAUUUCGACAAGGACAACAGGUGAAUCAGAAACAGAUGGUUUUUGCCAACUUUUUGAUCUGAGAAAUGGACAGGCGAUUCUUUUUUCCGGCGAUUUCGAUAAGUAUAAAGACUCGGUUGUGUUUGCGACUUUUGAUGGUGCUCCAACUGCUGGUUCAGAAACCUACAACAAGCUGUAUAAAACUGUUCGUGAUGCAUAUGAAUCACAGCCUGUUCCAGCAAAGCUUGAUCUGCAAACAACGAUACCUGAAGAGGCAAAAUCAAAUAAUGAAGUCGAACAUUUGAUUAUGACAUUAUUGCUAUCUUUUAGGGGGUUAUACAACAACUUUGAAGGGGAAGUGGUUGAAGUCAGAGAUGAACAAAAAUCACUCAUGAAGAUGUUGUUGGCAAACAACCGAACAGUACGCAUGAUUGACUCCUUCACAGUUAUUUAUGCUGAUCAGAUCAUUUUCAGCAAGAAAAUAGAAAAAGAGAAAGGGUAGGUACAUGAGAGAAGUUGCAUAAAUAAACAAUGCAUUGUACCAUGUGAGCAUUUCGCUCUUUGGGAAGAUUGAACUUUCAAGUAAUUUGCAUAUGCGAAUGAUUGUUUGGACUGAUAAUAA